AUGACAGAUCCUAAAAUUAUAUAAUUAGAAUUAUAGACACCACAUAUUCUGAGUAGCUAAGAUCACAGAGAAACGCAAAAUUUAUUUGAAUAUGAGUAUGAUAAUGUAGAGGCAAAAGGAAAUUACGCUCAAAAAUAUUAAUCGAAGAACAGAAAAAUUACUUCUAACAGACCAGACUUUUAGUUGCCUGAUAACAGCAUUCAAACAUCUAAGUACACUUUGUUGAAUUUUUUCCCAAAAUAAUUAUUCGAGUAAUUCUCUAAAUUAGCCAAUGUUUAUUUUGUGUUAAUGGGAGCCCUUUAGAUGGUUCCGGAGGUUUCAAUCAGUUCUGGAAUACCAACAAUAUAUUUACCAUUAGGCUUUAUAAUUUUAGUGAGUGGAGCCAAGGAUUUCUAUGAAGAUUACAAGAGACGAAAAUCUGACAUCGAAGAAAAUAACCAACAAGUGACUGCAUUCGAUGGAACUACAUUCGUCAAAAUGCCUUCGUUUAAUUUAAGAGUAGGUCACAUUGUGAAGGUUCAUUAAGAUGAGAUAAUACCAGCGGAUAUGCUUCUCCUGAGAUCAAAUGAAAGUAAAGGAAUUUGUUAUGUUGAAACAAAAUCAUUAGAUGGGGAAACCAAUCUGAAAUAAAAAAAUGUGCAUGCUGAUUUAAUCUAAACAUUUAAAUCCGAUGAUUGUUUUGGUUAAUUGGACAAGAGAAUAGUCCUUAAAUACUAGGCUCCUACUCCAUACUUAUAUAAGUUCAUGGGUGAAACUACGUCAUCUAAUCAUCAGGUUUCAUCAAUAAAUUUUAACAAUUUCUUAUUAAGAGGAUGCAAUUUGAGAAAUGUGAAAUAUAUAUUUGGAUUAGUAGCUUAUACUGGACAUGAUACAAAGAUUAUGAUGAAUUCUUUCAAGGCAAGAACAAAGAAAAGCAAAUUGGAGGUAUUGAUGCAAAAAUUCAUUCUUAUGAUCUUCAUCAUACAAUUUAUAAUGUGUAUAAUAGCAUCCCUUGUCUAUUCAAUCUAUUAUUAUAACAAUAGGAUGACACUAACUUACUUAUAUAUAGAUGUUAAUACAUCAGAAUAUACUAUCCCAUAUAACUUUUUUGUUAGAUUUGGAAAUUGGAUGCUGAUCUUCAAUAAUUUUGUACCCAUCUCUCUGUUGGUUACUCUAGAAAUGGUUAAAUUCAUAUAAGGUAAGAUUAUGAGUUUGGAUGAGAAAUUAAAUUAACCAAGAGUCUAGACAUCUAAUUUAAAUGAAGAACUUGGGCAGAUUGAACAUAUUUUUAGUGAUAAAACAGGAACUUUAACAUGUAAUAUAAUGGAAUUUAAACAAAUUAUAAUAGGUAAUCAAAAUUAUGGAGAUGUUUUAAAAGUUUCAGAGGAUUAUAUAACAGAUGAUGAAUUAUAGAAUUUUCCUUAAGUAAGUAAUGUGGAUUUUAGAGAUAAAACGCUAAUUGAAGCUAUUCAAGAUAAGAACCAUAUUAUGCAUGAUAAAGUAAUAGAAUGUUUAAUGAUGAUAACAAUUUGUCAUACUGUUAUAUCUGAAUAAAGAGAUGGUAAAUUAGUUUAUAAUGCCACAUCUCCAGAUGAGUUAGCUUUACUAAAUUUUGCUAGAUUUGUUGGAUUCGAAUUUAUAGGCACUGAUGAAAACAAUAUAAAAAGAGUCAAUUUUUAGGAUUAAACAAUCGAAUAUUAAUUGCUUGAAAUAUUUGAAUUUACAUCAUAGAGGAAGAGAUAAUCAAUAUUAGUAUAGGUAAUAAAGACUGGAGACAUUUAUUUAUUUUCAAAAGGAGCUGACUCAAUUCUGUUGGAUUAAGUGAGGUUAUCUAAUGAAGAGUUGAAUAAAAAUGAAUACCAUAAAUUGGUAUAAAGACUUGAAGAGUAUGGAAAAAUAGGUUUAAGAACUUUGGUAUUGUCAAAGAGAAAAUUAGAGAAGGGGGAGUAUUAGGAAUGGCGUAAGCGUUAUUAAUAAGCGACUCAACUUCUCGAAAAUAGGGAGGAAAAGAUGUAAAUCUUAUAGGACGAAUUAGAGAAAAAUUACGAAAUUUUAGGUGCCACUGCCAUUGAAGAUAAAUUAUAAUAGGAUGUAGCUGAUACAAUAGCUGCAAUUAAAGCAGCAGGUAUUAAAGUAUGGGUUUUGACAGGAGAUAAAAUUGAAACUGCCAUUAAUAUAGGUUAUUCGUGUUCUUUAUUAACUGAUCAAUUAACAUAACAUAUCGUCGAUGAAAAAGAAGAAGCAUUGAUCAAAGAAAGAUUAGAUGAUAUAUUAAAUAAGAUUGGAUCUUAAAAUUUAAACUAAAGGUAGGCUUUGAUUAUAUCUGGAGAUGCUCUAUUGCAUGCAUUAAAACCAGAUAUUCAAAAAAAGGUUUCUGAAAUUGGGAAAUGUUGCGAAGUGGUGUUAUGUUGCCGUGUUAGUCCAAAGCAGAAAUAAGAUGUUGUUACAUUAAUAAGAAAUCAAAAUCAAUCUUGUUCAACUUUAGCUAUUGGAGAUGGUGCUAAUGAUGUAAAUAUGAUAACAGCUGCUCAUGUAGGCGUCGGCAUAAGGGGAGUUGAAGGAUAAUAAGCAGCAAGAGCAGCUGAUUAUAGUGUAUAGGAAUUCAGAGAAUUAAGAAGGUUGUUAUUUUAUCAUGGUAGAGAAUGCUAUCGUAGGAAUAGUGUGUUGGUUUGUUAUACAUUUUAUAAAAAUAUUUUGGUUGUUUUGCCUCAAUUUUGGUAUGGAAUUCUAUCAAUGUAUUCUGCUUAGUCUCUUUAUGACACUUUCAUUUAUCAAUUGUUUAAUAUUUUGUAUGGAGCUCUCCCUAUUAUGAUUUAUGGGAUAUUCGACGAAGAAUACGAUGCUGAUUAAUUGACUGACAAUAAAAUUUAAAACUAUUAUCAAUAAGGUCCUAAGGAACUCUUGUUUAACAUUUAAAUUGUAUUGUUUUGGAUAUUUUGUGGAUUUUGGCAAACUGCAAUUGUUUGCUUCUUUCCGACAUACUCAAUAUCUGAAACUUUUGUAGAGGAUAAUGGAUUCACUCAUCAUCUUUGGGCAUAAGGAACGAUGAUAUUUGGCCUUGUUGUUGUUACCUGUAAUCUUAAAAUACUGAUAUUCUCUAAUACAUACACUCCUGCCUUAUUAGGAAGUAUCGCUUUUAGUAUGAUAUCAUAUCUAAUCUCGUGGAUCAUUUUAGAUAAUUUACCAUCAGCUGAAGCCUAUGUCGUAUUUGAAUCCCUAUUCCAAACUCCAUACUUUCAUCUUGGAAACAUAUUGGUAAAUUGCUGCUAUUUCUAGUAUUGA